UGACAUGUAUGUCAAAAACAUAACCUAAAAAAAUAAAACUUGUUUAGUUGUUUUGUUUAUUUUUCGUAUUAUUGUAAUAACUUAUUUGCUUACUAUUCUUGGUUAAUAUGAUUUAUAUAUAUUUGGAAAAUGGAGUCGCUCAUGUAUGGAACUCUGAAGAUUGGUUUGAACUACGGACAAAGCAUAGAAUAUGUGGUUCUUUGAUAGGAGCUAUUUCUUCACAUCCAAGGCAAAAUGAUUUUAAAGGAUUACCAAUGGCCUUGAUGACAGAAGAAGCAGCUUUAUUGAUUGAAAAAGGAAUCUGUGAAUUAUACUCAUUACCAAAUUUAACCCAAAAGCCCUCAGAAACAUGUAAAGAAGCAGCUAAAGAUCUGGAUCAAAAACUGUUACAAGAACAAAGUGAAGCCCUCAGAAAAAGAAGAAUAGAACAAAUAUCACAGAAGAUUGAUGUCAUCAUUGCUGGCAAGAGAAAGAAACUAUUAGCUAAAGGAAUGCCAGAUAUCCCCAUGGACAAAGAAACAUACCUACAAGAAGAAAUAUGCAAGCUACCUCCUUUGGCACCAGCACAUGUACUGGUUUAUUUACCCACAGAACAUCAUAUGAAAACAGAUGAGGUUAAAAUGACAAUCCAAGAUUUGGAACCUAGCAUAUCAGGGGAAGGUGCAGUUAAAUAUGCGGUUUACAAAGACCUAUGGGAGCAAGGUCUUUAUAUCACUGAAGGAUUAAAAUUUGGAUGCGAUUUUCUAGUUUAUCCAGGUGAUCCAGUAAAAUUCCAUGCUAUGUAUAUGAUCAGAUGUGUUGGCAGUGAGACAGUAUCUUUUCAACCCUCGACUCUGGUUGCCUUUGGAAGACUUUCAGUAGCUGUGAACAAAAUAGCUGUGGUAGCCACUUGUGGACCACAGAAUCAAAUUAAUUAUCAAACAUUGCAAUGGCAUGAUAGUGUAAAUGGAUGAUUACUAGUGUACUGAAAUGUAUGUGCUGGCUGUACUGUAUCUUGAUUGUUGCUGGUUCUUUGUUACUGG